GGCUCCUCGCCUUCCUCUCGCCAAACCAAUUCCCGAGAGCGCGCGCGCGGGGCUGCGGCGGCGGCGGCGCCGAUCUGCUUACCACCACCAGUGGUAUCAGUUUACGGUGGUACGGAGCGGCGACCGAUCAGCGGGCGGGGGCGGACGGGAACGGGAUGCCGGGGCCCGGGGCGCACCUGCUGUACGCGCUGGGCGGCGGGGCGGCGCUGUCGCGGCUGGCCGGGCCGCGGCGGUUCGGCCCGCACCACUGCGCCGUCUACGCCGCCAACGCCUUCCUCGGCCCGGACCUGGGGACCUUCGCCGAGUGGCUCGCCUCCUUCCUCCCCUCCUCGGCCGCCGCCGCCGCGGGGGACCUCGCCAUGGCCGCCGUCCACCACCCCUUGUACUACCCGCUCCUCCUCGGCAUCCCGCUCGCCUGCCUCUACGCCUGGCUCUCCCGGCGGCUGCUCCGCGCCGGCUACCUCGACGCGCCCUCCGGGGUAGCGCUAAGCAGGAGACAGUGCUUCCUGCUUAUCACGGCGGGCUCACUCUCCCACUUCUUUUUGGAUCACUUGUUUGAGGAGAAUGGCCACUCUGCAAUGUAUACUUGGAUUCUGAGCACAGGUUGGUGGGAAGGCCGUGCUCCUAUAAACCCGGAUGCAGUGGUUAUUGUAGGCAUUAUUUGUACUUGCCUCGUGCUGGGGUUUAUGUACAUUAACAGAGUGAAGCAUGAAAAAUCAGCUAGUGAAAAAUCAAAUCAAUCUUUCUUCCUCAUCGUGGUGAUGGCCACCCUGUACUGUGUGUGGUGUGCCAGUCAGAUAUACCUGCGGAACCCCCCUCAACCAGCCAUAGGUGAAGAGGCCGAUCUUGGAGUGAUAAUAUUUCUUGCCAUUUACCUUUUCCUACCGCACGGCUUAUGUGCCUUGUCCAUGAACCAAAACGAUUAUGCUGAAACACUGGAAGGGCUGCCACUUCGAUAAUAUGCAGUACGGUGGUGUACUUUUAUCCUAAUAUGUGCAGAAGAUCAUUUUUUGAAGUCAGCUCACUGCUUCAUGUUGUAAUCAUAUUUAUUUUCCAAUUGGCUAAUUGCCAUGUAUUUAUGUUUUCUCUAGUGUAAAAAUACUUCUAGCAUUAGGAGUUAGGACUGCAAUUUCAGGAUGAUACUGCCACUGUAAUAUUGUUUGUGACAGCAAUAAACUUCUGUUGGCAUUGGUGUUCGCCACACCCCAGCAAGUUAUAUUUUCCACUUUCUUAGAGAUAUAUUUCAAAGUUAUGAUACAAUUU